AUGACUAGUCAAGUUGUGGAGGAGCAAGCCUUGAAGAUCACCACUCAUGAAGGAACAUCUCCAAGCAGAGGUAGAGGACGCAGGGGAUUUCGAGGAAGAGGCAGAGGCAGAGGACACCAGUUUUCCUACAAUCAAGGAGCACAAUUUGACAAGGCAAAUGUGGAAUGCUUUCACUGUCACAAGUUUGGCCACUAUCAAUAUGAAUGCCCUGACAAAGAGAAGGAAACUAAGAUGAAUCUUGCUGAGACUGAAGAAGAAAUUCUCUUGAUGGCUUACAUCGACAAAAAGAAGAACCCAUUAGGUGAUAUUUGGUAUUUAGACUAUGGCUGCAGCAAUCAUAUGUGUGGUAAUAAACUCUUGUUCUCUGAUAUAGAUGAAAAUUUUCGAGAAAAUGUGAAGCUUGGAAACAAUUCUAGCAUCUGUGUUAUGGGUAAAUGGAAUAUUAAAAUUUGGUUGAAUGGUAGCAUGCAAACAAUCAUUGGCGUAUUUUAUGUCCCAGAACAAAAAAGUAAUAUGAUUAGUCUUGGUCAGCUACAAGAAAAGGGUUUCGCAAUCCUUAUUCAGAAAGACAACUGUCAGAUUCAUCAUCUGGAGAAAGGGCUUUUUGCACAAGCCCACAUGAUGAUCAAACUUGCUUCACUUCAACCACACAAGACAUAA